AUCGCGAACCGAAAAGACGUCGAGCUGUACUUCGGGAAUAAGACGAGUUGGCGAUAAAGGAGGAAAAGCGGCGGCUUUUUUGAAACAUAUCUGAUAAUAUACAGUCGCGUUCAUAUAAAUAUAUAUAUACAUAUAUUGCCUUACGUUAGAACAGUGAGUCUGUGCGCGCAGUGAAAACCUUCGGAAAAUCUGUGAGAAAGAGAGUACCACGACCUCGGAAGGAAGCAGCUGGCCAUGAGGCGACUCAAGUGCUCCGUGUUCGUGUAUCUUUUCCUGAUCUUCGACGCCAGCCAUGCAUUCAGCAUCAUUGGCCUCAACAAACAAAUGCUCUACGAGUACGUGGGCAACAUCGUCGUUGGCGCAAAGGCCCUGGACGAGGGUCAUCCGGCGCCUCCAACCACAGGAUGGACAGUGCGGGGGAAACUGACGCUCCAGCGGCAGAGCGAACUAGUCAUGGCUGCGGCGCUGGUCAUCGACGAUGUAACGCUGAGCAACUCCGGCGAGAAGUUCCUCCAGAACAAGGAGAUGUACCCGCCCUACAAGCCCUUCAAGAUCGCCCUCACCCCAGACUGCGCCAUCUCGCAUGUGGUCUUCAAGGAGGGCGAUCCCAUAUGGAGCAUGAACUUCAAGCGGGCCAUCGCUUCGGUCCUGCAGUUCCAGAUGAAGUCCAGCGGGGCCUUCGUUGUGGAUGAGCUUGGUAUCCACGGCACAUGCCGCACGGAGUAUUUUGUGUCCAACAGGACCAGCUACAUCUCCAUCCGCAAGACGCCGGAGCUGACGACCUGCCAGCCCUACUCGGAGGCGGUGCACACCACCCGGAGCAACGUGUCGCCGAACACGUGUGAGUUCGACCACCAGAAGAGUGUAAUCAUCGGCAACGAGGCCAUUUACGGAAUGCUGCCUCAUAACGAGACUGGGUACUUCCUAAGCAUGGCCCAUGCCAAGAGCACCACUUUGAUCCACACCUUUGAGUCCACGGGGGAGGCGCAGUUCAUCAACUCGGAGUUGAUGCUCAACUUUAUAAAUGAGUCGCCCAUUGACAAUCCCAUCGAUAUUGAAACCUCAAUGGCGGCCGAAUCAUCUAACCUGGAGCUACAGCCGCUGGACCCGAAUGAUCCGACUGGCGGACGAAAUCCCCAGCAGCAGGAGAUUCUGAUUACCCAGGCGGGCGUACUCCUGGACAGCCUGGCCGAGGGUCUCGAGACCACGGAAUUUAAGUACUCCGAACCCUAUGACUCCACUCUUUCCGAUGUGAUCAAGCUUCUCAGCGAGGUGGACUUUGAUUCGCUCAAAAAACUCUACGAGAAGGUAGACAUCGGCACCUCGUACCGCCAGGAAACCAUUCGCAACAUCUUCCAUGAAAUCAUACCCCGCAUUGGAACCAAAGCCUCCGUUUUUCUCACCCAUCAUCUGGUGCUAAACAAAACUACCAAACCGCAAGUUGCUGUGCAACUGCUGAUACCCAUGCCCUUCCACAUUUUCGAGCUCUCGGCUGAAUUGGUAGAAAAGUGCGAAAGCUUCCUUAAUAUCGGACCGGGGCACCCAGAUGUGAAGCAGGCAGCAAUUCUUAGCUUUGCCACGCUUGUCCAUAAUGUAUACGUGGCUAAGGGCAUUGACAAGGAAAAGUUCGAGGCAUACGUGCAGAAGUACUUCAACGCAUAUCUUAGCGAUCGCGACUUCGACCAGAAGAUGCUGUAUUUGCAGGGUCUGAACAACUUGCAGCUGGGCAACGUGGCCAACUAUCUGGAGCCGAUUGUUCAGGAUCCCAACGAGCACGAGGACCUUAAGUUCCAGGCUGCCUGGACAACACUGGCAUUAGCAGAUCGCCGAGCGGAGCGUAUUUACGAGGUCUACUGGCCCAUCUUCGAGUCGCGCAACGCCAGCCUGGAGCUGCGGGUGGCCGCGGUUACCCUGCUUUUGAUUUCAAACCCCACAGCUGCCCGUCUGAUCAGCAUCCAUCGCAUCAUCCAGAGCGAAACGGACCCACAUAUGAUCAACUACUAUAGGACGACGGUGACGAGCAUUUCGGAGACAACAUAUCCCUGCUACCAGAAACUACGCCGACUCUUGUCCUACAUGCAUCGCCAUUUGCCACCGAAGCCGGAGUCCCGCUACUGGGUCACCGGCAACUAUAUCUUCGACUAUCGCGACUCCAAGUUCGGAAUCGGAGCUAUGCUGCAGGUCUUCCUCGUGGGCGAUCCAAAAUCGGACAUGCCAGUGGUGGCCUUCUUCAAGUUCGACACCGAGGCUCUGGGCAAGUUCACUGGCCAACUGGCGCUUUACAUCAAGGCACGUGGACUGCCAGAUACGAUACUUAGCAAGAUGCAGUCAGGCAAAGGCAGCGAUCCGUUCACUUUCAAGAGCAUCAAAGCCCUUUUGGCCAUGCUGCAGGCUCCGAUCGUCAACUCGAAGGACCUGCACCUGGAGUUCAUUCUGCAAAUGGAGGGCAAGACGGUGCUAUCCUACCAUCUCAACCAGCGGAUGUUCCAGCAACUGACCUACGAAAACAUUCUGGAGCGACUGCAGCAAAUUAUCCGGACGGACAGCCACAUCAACAUGCAAACCGUGCGCUGGCCUUUCAUGAAUCGCUACUCCGUGCCCACCGUGCUGGGCACCUCCGCCGAUGUCCUUUUGCAGACCACCGUGCUGACCUCGUUGCGUGGCAAUAUUACGGAGCAGCGCAAUCCGCCUAUAACAAAACACACGCUGGAGAUCGACGCCCGGUAUUCGUCGUACGCCUCGGUCCGCAGCCGCAGCUACAAUCCGUUCCUGAAUCUGGACCACGAGAUCAACCGGGAGCAAGGCUUCCUCAUCUACGUCCCCUUUAGCAGCGAGCUGCAUAUAAACGAGAGCGACAGUAAGUGCAGGCGCUACUCCUUCUCCCGACCCCAGAAUCUGACCAGCGGCCUGUCCUUCAAGUCGCGGGCGGUGACCAAGACCAGGGGUUUGAUCACUAAAACUGCAACGGUGCCCUUCGAGGAGAUCAUGCUGCCUGAGAGUCGAAACGAUGUGGUCCAACUCUUCAGCUACACAAUGCCAGAUCUGGGCGUACGUCUGGGCAUGAGCACGAAUGUUGACGAGCUAAUCAAGUACAGAGGGAUGCUGCUCAAGUCCGAAUUCACAGAAAAUGGCUUUUCCGGAAACAUGGUGGUGAGCGCCCUAAUGUAUGCAUUUGGCUUUACCCAGCUUAGCUCCAUUCACCUGGGCCACGAUCGGAACUUAACAAUGCUGAUGUUCAACGAAAAGGCCACCAGAAUUGAGGGAAACUUUUGUGCCGAGGAUGUGUUGAAGACUUCAGACCUGAAGGGCAAGCAGAUUGGACUAACGCUGGAGCACACAGACCAAUUAGAUGCUCCGGAUGGGUCAGUCCUGGUGGAUGCUCUCCACAGGUGGAACAUAACCCUAGACGUGCAGGCUUCGACCAAGUCCAACUGGUUCAAAUUGAUUGGUCAAAUUCAGCGCAAUUCAAAGGAUGACGAGGAGGACUGGAAGGCUUGCACCAAGUUGACCUAUGAACCGCUGGUGUUCACCAAACGACCUCACACUCUGAAUGGCAAUGUGGUGUUCGGCCUGGCCACGGAGGAGAGUGAGUGCCCCGAGAAGGGCUCUUCGGUGCAGUUUGCAGCUAGAGCUGGUCCCUCGGAGCACGCCCGUGCCUUCCUGCGCUCCGACAAGAUCUCACUAACGGACACCGAUUUUUGCCCCAAGGAGGUGCUCAAGUUCUCGCCUAUUCCCACGUCCAAGUUUUGCAAGCGCAGCAACUUCGAGAAUUUCACAUCGAUCACACAGUAUGACAUGGACCUGAAGUUUAAUAAUAUGCCCGCUUGGUUUGAGCUUUGGUCCAAUCGACUGGACCAUCUGGUCUCCGCCUUAUCCGCCGACAAAGUGGACAGUCUGCAUAUGAGCCAGGAGAUCAACAUCUCAAUGCACACGCCUCAAGAUCAAUUCAGGUUAGCUGUAGAAGUCAACGGGGUCAAGUGGCGUUUCCACCAAAUCCCCUUUUUGUACAAACUGGACUCCAAGUUCGACGCCUCUCACGAACUCACCUACGUAACUGGCCUGAAACGUUCCUGCUCGGUAAUCAAUGGUAUGAUCAAUACCUUCGAUGAUAAGUUAAUCAAUCUCAGAGAGGUUGCGGUGCGUCCCGAUUGUCUCACCCUCCUGGUGGCCGACUGUUCGCCGUUGCCCCAGCUGGCCGUCUUUGUUACGCCAUCGCCUGCCCAAGAACUAGGCAGCAAUUACGGACUACGCGUCCAUAUCGGGCAGAACUACUUCAAUUUCCACUCCCGCACAGACAACAGAAGCCAGCCUUCAAAUGAGCCGGUGUUUAUAUAUCUCAACCAGGACCAGACGCCGCACGAUGUCCGCCAAAAGCCCUAUCAGUGGCCCAUUGAGACUAGCGACUACGAUUUCCGCGUGGAGCUGAAUGAGCAAAACAUUUUGAUUGUGGAGUGCGCGCAACUGGUUUCCACCAUUCAGUUCGACUUAUACAACAUCCUAAACUUUGAGAUAUACGGCGUGUAUAAGCACCAGAUGUGUGGGCUGUGCAGCCCGCCCUUUAACCGCAUGCGGAACUAUACGAUCUGCGAGGUGGAGGCGAGCACUCCAACGCCGAUUCCCGUGCAGAAUUCCUCUGAUGUUGUUGUAGUCGCAUAAGCAUAAUGUGUGAGUUUAAUCUAAAAUAAAACAGAAAUGGAGCCCAGCAGAGGGAGAACAUGCAAAUCCCAGGGCUUGGAUUCUUAUUUAUGUAAA